GAGAAAUCUUUGCUGACAUCUGUAGUUUACACCCAGCAGCAGCAGCAGCGGCAGCGGUCAGUCCGGUCCGUGCGUCCUGCGCCAUGGAGAGCAGCGUGGUGCACAUCUUCAAGGAGGAGCGCUGUCCCUCGGGCCAGCCGGAGGACUGCGUCCCGAACUUCACCUGGCAGCCCGGAUCACCGGACCUCUUCAACUACACCCCCAACGGCACAUGGGACUCCGAGCCCGAGCCCCUGUCGCCCAUCAUCCCCAUCAUAGUGGCGGUGUACUCCGUGGUGUUCGUGGUGGGCUUGGUGGGCAACUGUCUGGUGAUGUAUGUCAUCAUUAGAUACACCAAAAUGAAAACGGCCACCAACAUCUACAUCUUCAACCUGGCCGUGGCCGACGCCCUGGUCACCACCACCAUGCCCUUCCAGAGCACCGAUUACCUGCUCAGCUCCUGGCCGUUCGGCAAGGUGGCGUGCAAAGUCUUCAUCUCCAUCGAUUACUACAACAUGUUCACCAGCAUCUUCACCCUGACCAUGAUGAGCGUGGACCGCUACGUGGCCGUGUGUCACCCGGUCAAGGCCCUGGACUUCCGCACGCCCGUCAAGGCCAAGAUCAUCAACGUGGUCAUCUGGCUGCUGUCGUCUGCCGCCGGGAUCCCUGCCAUGAUACUGGGCAGCACUAAAACCAAUAACGGAACCACAGAAUGUGCCCUACAGUUCCCCGAGCCCUACAUCUACUGGGACACCUUAAUGAAGAUCUGUGUCUUCAUCUUCGCCUUCGUGGUGCCUGUCAUCAUCAUCACUGUCUGCUACACGCUGAUGGUCAUGCGGCUGAAGAGCGUGCGCCUCCUGUCGGGCUCGCCCGAGAAGGACCGCAACCUCCGCCGCAUCACGCGCCUGGUGCUGGUGGUGGUCGCCGUCUUUGUGGUGUGCUGGACGCCCAUCCACAUCUUCAUCCUGGUUAAAGCCCUGUCGGCCAACGUGCCCGAGACCACUGCCGUCAUGGCCGCUUACUUCUUCUGCGUGGCGCUGGGCUACACCAACAGCAGCCUCAACCCCAUCCUCUACGCCUUCCUCGACGAGAACUUUAAGAGGUGCUUCAGGGACUUUUGCUGCCCUGGGAAGCCGGGACACAGGGACUGCCAGGGGGUGAGCCGGGUGAGGAGCACCCUGCGGGACCACUCGUGUCCCACAGAGCCUCACGGAGGUGUGAGGCAGGCCAGGCCCGUAUGACUAGCCAUGGAAAUGUCCUCCAUGCGUCAGGGAUGGGAGGACUCCAACGACCUGGGCUUGACUCAAAUCACCACUGCCAUCUAACGCCGAGGGCUAGUCUUUAUUUAGUUAUCCAGAGUGUUGACCAGAGAGUCCAAUGGCAUGCACGUAAAGGAUAGUAUUGUGAUAAACUGAAGAAGUGGCCACCGCUUUUGGAAAAUCACUAAUCCUUUAAAAGAAAAUGAAAGGGAUCUCCAAUGAUUGUAAUGCUUUACACCUUCUUUAAGAAUCACUUGUUUGCCACAGGCAAAUGAAAAGGUCGGGAUGUAGGAAUGUUUUCAGAUAUUGACUAAGUCAUCGUUGGUUUUAGUUUCUUUCUGGCAAUAUCUCCAAAGUGGAGAUUCUUAUCCAAUGAGAUCGUGACAGUCAAAGUUUAAAUUAGCCUCUGGAAUCGCAGCCCAGUUAGUUAUUAAAUCUUUGUAUUCAGAAUUGUACGACUUCUACAGAAAUUGCAGCUUGAUGUAUAGAAAAAAAAAAGAAAACUGAAAUCUAAACAAAGUAUAUUCUUCUUCAUGUCAUUGUUUGUAAUGACAAUUUA